AUGAUUGCAGGGUUCAUGGGAGAUCAGUACUUGCAAGAGGUCGCUCAGUUGAUUGUACACAUUUCGCAGCCUCUGGAGGACGCCUACUACAAAGCUCUCAAAGCGGCCUCGUCUGGAUGGCAUGCUCAAGCCACCUUCGCCGCAGAUCGGUCCCUGGGACAGUACGUCAGAACUGUGCACGCUGUGCUGGCGACAGUGCAGACAGAGUUGUCGGGUCUGCACAAUGCCUUGCGCAUGACACGCGCUGCUCGUCGAGCACCCCCUGAGGAGCUGCCGGCGUGGGCAAAGAAGGAGUUGGAGUUGUUGCGCACAUGCCGCAAAUUCGCGACUUGCCUAGCAUCCAAUAUCUGGUGGAGCAACGCUCAUUACAGUAUGGCAAUGCCUGAUUUGGUGGCAACAGUGAACUGCCAUGACCCCACGGAAAUGAAUUCUGCAAUGGCCCAUGCCAGAUCCCUCAUCUCCACAAUUGUGGACGCUGAGGGGCGCAGCUGCGCCGACGCAGCCUGGCCGUCGCUGAUGGCUGACCUCGGGUGGAACAAGCAGCAACUGGCGCGGGAAAGCAUGGCGCUUCUUAUCCAGUCAGACUAUGACCGCUCGAAUUCCGAGCUGAAGAAGCUUGCCAAGCGCUUGUUUAUGGGGUCUGCCAGCACAAAGGAUACUCUGGAGUCAACAUUUGCCUUUUUGCAUCGCAAGGCAGCGACACACUCAACAAACUUCAAGAUGUCGGACCCCUGCAAAUGGCUCUAUUCCAUCGUGUCUCCCUAUGCUGAAACGGGCGGCUGCCCUCAACUUUACCCUGACAAAGCAGACUUCGACACGGUGCUUGGGCCGAACGGCAUCCCUGACCGAACGUAUGCCAGUGAUCAUUUGUUCUCGAUCAAGAAGACAAUUCUUCCCAAGCCAGCUGUGUUACAUCGGCCGAAAAACAUCAAGGAGUCCAAGUGGCGGAACUCUGGGCCACUGGCGCAGCAGAGAGCAGCGGCAGCCGCAGCGUACUUGAUCCGUGACAAGGACACCCGCUGGUCCAACGUGGACCUCUGCUGGAUUGGAUCCUUGUUCAAGCUGGGCGCUGUCUUCAAGAACACAAAUGACGAGCAGUACAUCCUCAGCAUGGGGUUCAGAAAAUGGGCUGCAGUCGGGUAUCCCUUGGAAAAAAUCACUCACCAUGACCAGGACUACCUCGUGCUGCAGCCGGUGCCGGCGCAGCGAGCUUGGCAACACAUGGUCUGGCUGACUUGCUUUGAGCUGAGGGGCCCGUGGAAACUCAUCCCCUGUGAGCCAGCGUUGCGUGCUUUCCUGCCAACAGAGUUACUGAACAGACAGUUGACAUCACCUCUACGCAUCGUGAAUGCGGAGGGGCUGCCACUCUUGGAGGGUGCACUUCGGGAGGGCGUGUUUCUCACACUUGCAGAUCUGAAGCAAUUGUGCGCGAUGUUAGAGAUUGAUCUCCCGACGAAGGGAUCUGGGAAGAAGGGCCGUGUCCUGAAAGUGGACAUCUGCCACAAGCUCAUCUGCACGCUGUUUCCGCAAGAGGGGCCUGCAGAAUCGAGGCGCAUGGUGGCUGCCAUGUGCUUCAAUCACACUCGGGCUUUGUCUGAAAACGAGGAAGAAAUUCUCAAGUGCGUGUCACAGCUAGCAGAGGAGGACAGAGAGUGCCAUGAAUUCAAGAAGGUUGCGCAGUUGGCAAGAACCAAGCUACAGGAGCAAGAUCGAAAGCGCGCCGUCAAGCAGUCACGCGAUCAAGAUGCACAGCCUGCACAGCCUUCGAACCCCGAGGCGCAAGCGGCCUCUGCGGUUCGUGCGGUACCAAAGCCGGAGUCGGAGGCAGCGCCGGCAGAGCGCAGAGCCCGCGAAUCAGCUCCACGGCAGCCCGGGCAAACCCCGAAUAUCUUGAGGGACAUGCUGCGCAGCUCCAAGAUGCAGGAGGAAGCCACGCUGCUCUACAACCCGAAGUAUGGCUACAAAGCAAGCUACCCUAGCAGCUUGGCGCUUAAUUGA